GUCCAUUCGGUAUCACACAUCUAGCGUCAAUUACCCGACACAGAGCUGCUGUUCGCUCCGUGCAGUCUGAGGAAAACUUAUCAGACGGUGAAGCUGGACCUGCAGCAACGAGAGAAGAGAGCGCUUUUCCCUGCUGCCUUUGUCCAUCACCCAGUCACCGUGGCAAGAGGACCCGUCGCUGGUCUCACCGGCGACAACCAUGAGCCAGAGAUUCACCGUCUGCAAGAGCGACGGCGCCCGGCGCCCCUCAGACAUCCAGGGGGAGGUGAACCAGCUGUUUGAGGGAGACGAGCCCCCGACCAGCAGCGGCGGAGCGGAGGGGGAGGAUGCAGCCGGUACCGAGGUGGUGGUGGUGCUGAAAGGUGACAGUAUUCCCAAGGAGAGCAGCCCCUUCAUCAACAGCAGUGAUGCUGCCGCAGAGAAGAGCCAGCAGUAUGACGGCAAGAACAUGGCCUUGUUUGAGGAGGAGAUGGACACCAGCCCCAUGGUGUCGUCUCUUCUCAGCAGCCUGGCCAACUACUCCAACCUGCCCCAAGGUAGCAAGGAGCACGAGGAGGCCGAGAACAACGAGGCUGAGUCAUCGCGCAAGAAACCCGUCAAGGCCCCCCAGCUCGGCACUCUGAUGGGUGUCUACAUGCCGUGCAUCCAGAACAUCUUCGGAGUGAUCCUGUUCCUCAGGAUGACCUGGUUGGUGGGAAUCGGAGGUGUCGUCGGGACCUUCAUCAUCGUCUUCAUGUGCUGUACCACGACCAUGCUGACUGCCAUCUCGAUGAGUGCCAUCGCUACCAAUGGAGUAGUGCCAGCUGGAGGUGCCUACUACAUGAUAUCCCGUUCGCUGGGCCCUGAGUUUGGGGGAGCAGUGGGGAUCUGUUUCUAUCUGGGGACCACCUACGCUGGAGCCAUGUACAUCCUGGGGGCCAUUGAGCUCCUUUUGAUCUACAUAGUGCCCCAGGCAGCAAUCUUUCCCCUAGAGGGCCUGGAGGGCGCCGAGGCAGAGGCCGCCCUGCUGAACAACAUGCGCGUGUACGGGACCAUCCUGUUGACCUCCAUGGCCACGGUGGUGUUUGUCGGCGUGAAGUACGUCAACAAGCUGGCCCUGGUGUUUCUGGCCUGCGUCAUUCUCUCCAUCCUGGCCGUCUACGCCGGCGUCAUCAAGACCGGCAUCGAUGCUCCGGAUUUCCCUGUGUGUCUCUUGGGCAACCGCACGUUGGUUUCGAAGAACUUCGAUGUGUGUGCCAAGACCGUUGAGACAGCUAACGGGACCGUCACCACCCAGCUGUGGCGCAUGUUCUGUGACUCACCUUUACUCAAUGCUACCUGCGACAGGUACUUCACAUCCAACAAUGUGACCAAGAUACAGGGCAUCCCAGGGAUCACCAGUGGAAUCCUGGCAGAGAACAUGUUUCCGAUCUACUAUGAAAAAGGGGAUCUGAUUGCCAGAAAUAACAUGGACUCAGUGGAGGACCCGGACGACCCUCUGACCAACGCAAACCGCUACGUGUUGGCCGACAUCGCCAGCUUCUUUACGUUGCUGGUCGGCAUCUACUUCCCUUCUGUGACAGGGAUCAUGGCUGGCUCCAACCGCUCUGGAGACCUGAAGGAUGCCCAGAAGUCCAUCCCCAUUGGAACCAUUGCAGCCAUCACCACCACCUCCUUUGUCUACAUGUCCAGUGUGAUUCUGUUUGGUGCCUGCAUCGAGGGUGUGGUCCUCAGGGACAAGUUCGGAGAGGGAGUCCACGGGAAUUUGGUGAUUGGCACGUUGGCUUGGCCGUCACCAUGGGUGAUUGUGAUUGGCUCCUUCUUCUCCACCUGCGGGGCGGGGCUGCAGAGUCUGACAGGAGCACCUCGUCUCAUGCAAGCCAUCGCCAAGGACGGCAUCGUGCCCGCCCUCCGGAUCUUCGGCCAUGCAAAGGCCAACGGAGAACCCACAUGGUCCCUCCUGCUGACAGCUUGUAUCUGCGAGAGCGGCAUCCUCAUUGCUUCCCUGGAUGCGGUAGCUCCCAUCCUCUCCAUGUUUUUCCUGAUGUGCUACAUGUUUGUGAACUUGGCCUGUGCUCUGCAGACGCUACUGAGAACUCCAAACUGGAGACCCCGCUUCAAGUUCUACCACUGGGCUCUGUCCUUCCUGGGGAUGAGCUUGUGUCUCACUCUCAUGUUCAUCUGCUCCUGGUACUACGCCAUCGUCGCCAUGGUUAUUGCUGGCUCUAUCUACAAGUAUAUCGAGUUCGCAGGUGCGGAGAAAGAGUGGGGAGAUGGGAUACGAGGUCUGUCUCUGAGCGCGGCACGUUACGCUCUCAUGCGGCUGGAAGAAGGUCCACCGCACACCAAGAACUGGAGGCCCCAGCUGUUGACGCUAGUUAGUACAGAUGCAGAGCAAAACGUGGAACAGCCUCGUCUGCUCUCUCUGACCAACCAGCUGAAGGCAGGCAAAGGUCUGACCAUUGUUGGAACAGCUCUAGUGGGAACCUUCCUGGAGAACCACGAACAGACCCAGCGUGCAGAGCAGGCGCUGCGUAAACUGAUGGAGACUGAGAAGGUGAAGGGCUUCUGUCAGGUGACCGUGUCCUCGAACCUGCGCGACGCCACCUCCCACCUCCUCCAGGCCAGUGGGCUAGGAGGCCUGAAACAUAACGCUGUGCUGGUGUCCUGGCCACGCAACUGGAGGCAGGGAGACGAGCACCAGGCCUGGAGGAACUUUGUUGAGUUGGUCAGAGAAACCACCGCCGCUGACCUGGCUAUGCUCGUCCCGAAGAACAUCUCGGCCUUCCCGUCCAACGGAGAGCGCUUCACUGAGGGUCACAUUGACGUAUGGUGGAUCGUCCAUGAUGGAGGCAUGCUGAUGCUGUUGCCCUUCCUUCUCCGCCAGCACAAGGUUUGGAGGAAGUGCAAGAUGCGCAUCUUCACUGUGGCCCAGUUGGACGACAACAGCAUCCAGAUGAAAAAAGACCUGACCACAUUCCUCUAUCAUCUCCGUAUUGAAGCCAUGGUGGAAGUUGUAGAAAUGCAUGACAGUGACAUCUCAGCCUACACCUACGAGAAGACCCUGGUGAUGGAACAACGGUCGCAGAUGCUGAAACAGAUCAAAAUGACCAAGAAUGAGCGUGAGAGAGAGAUCCAGAGCAUCACCGAUUCAUCCCGCGGGUCGAUCCGCCGUAAGAACCCGGCCGCUGUGACCACCCAGCUGAGUGUGACCGAGGACCCGCCGGCAGCCAGCAAGGAGGAGAAGCCUGAGGAAGAGGUCCAGCUCAUCCACGACAACACCACCCCAGCCAGCCCCGCCACCCCGGCCACCCCGCUGACCCCCGCAGAGGGGGCUAAGAGCCCCGGGGAGCAGGUCCAGAUGACCUGGACUGAGAAGUGUGACGGCGAACCAGCCAAGCCGCCUGGUGCAGCCACACCAGAGGGCAUCAAAGACUUCUUCAACAUGAAGCCCGAGUGGGAGAACCUGAACCAGUCCAACGUGCGACGUAUGCACACAGCGCUCCGGCUGAAUGAAGUCAUCAUCAAAAAGUCCUCCGAGGCCAAGCUGGUCCUCCUCAACAUGCCCGGGCCACCCAGGAACCGGACAGGUGACGAGAACUACAUGGAGUUCCUCGAGGUCCUCACUGAUGGUCUCAACCGGGUCCUCCUGGUCCGCGGAGGCGGCCGCGAGGUCAUCACUAUCUACUCCUGAAAGAGCAGCCCCCCCCCCCCCCUCCCCCCCCCCCCCCCACCCCUCCCUAGGCCCUGUUCCGGUGUCACCUUUUGCUCCCACUCUCAUCGACGCUGCUUCGUUCUGUCACUCUUACCGUUUAUUUCUGUACGAUAGUCCUCUCACACCCAACCGAUAGCUCAGCUUCAGCACCUCUCCCUCCGCUCCAUCCCCAGCCGACCGAUGAGCAGAGUCACAUGCUCAGCUACUACACCCUUCACUCCAGUCCAGUAAGCUACUAUAACUAUUGCCGGCUGUAGACUCAUUUAGAUGCUGCCUAGAUUUGUUCUUAAAGACACUUCGUCGCUGUAGUCUGUAAUCUGCUGUAGUAACUGGCGUUGAGUCUGCGUGACUCGGUAAGGAGGAGGUGGUGGUGUUGGGUGUGAGGUGUGAGCGCACAUGCAUGUUUGUGUCCGUCUUUGUUUAAAUCUCUGCCGAUUCUUAUUGAUGUUGUUUUUUUUUUUUCAAAUACGAGUGUUGGCAUAGCAGCGGAUUCUGCCAGCUGACGUGAGCUGGGUGUAGGAUUGUCUGUUUAGCUCCCUCGUGGGGAUCGGACACCUCCCACAGCGCACCAGCCUGUUGUCUUCGAUGUGAUUAAUAUCUCAAGGCAAAAAGACACUGCUACCCACGGUCAGGACCACCAGCUGGAAGGAGAGUAGUCGCAAAGCAUGAACUGUGAAAUUCACAUUGGUAUUUAAAGAAGACUGAAAAGGCACGUGGAUCAAAGCUGCAAGCGCCAUCUUUAACCCGAUCACUCGUUAGCAUGGCGUCCUUAUAACUGUGUGUUUAUACUCGUUCCGUUACCGCCAUCACUGUCUUUCUACCCGUCCUCCUUUCAACUCAUUUCUUAGUGGCUGUUCAUCCCCGUGGCCACUGUUAGUGCCAAAAAAAAAAAAGAAAAGAAAUACAACAAGGCUAGCUUAGUUUGUAGAGAUUGACACGUAAUUAAAACUGUGAAUUGUGCGUCUCCUACCAGAAGGCUGGUGUAACGGUGGGGAGACGGCACAAACACCCCGAGGAGAUUAUCAUUGCCAGCUCCCCUCGACCCUCGUGUGGAUCGCUGUAAAUAAUGUACAAGCUCUGACGCGUUGUUCAGUAUGAGUGUAGUAUUUUUGUGACAUACUAAAAAGCUUCUAGUGGAGAGAAAAACGCUCCUUCGCUGAGAGGGACAGCUCAAAAACGCUGUUUUAAAAAUGUAUGUAUGUAUCUAUUUAUUUAUUUAUUUAUUGGAUGGCAUAGGCUCCUGUCACUAUGGUAACUGUCAUUGUAACCUCGACAAGCACUGCACCUGCACUGUCCACCACUGUGCAACAAGUGAACUUUUAAAGAAUUCAUUCAAUUACACACAAAAAAUACUAAAUGUUAUUUUUUCAUCUAGAGAAGAAAUAUGUAUUUAUGUUUAUAGACCAGAGUUACACAUAUUGAUGAAAUAGUUUUAUGUCAUUUUGAUUGUCACUCAAAUAUAUAUUGUUGUUUUUUUUUUGCCUAAUUUAGAUACAUUAAAUGUGCCAUAUCAAAGUAUUUUUCAAAGAGAAAUAGUGAAUAAAAAUUCUAUUGAUUGGAUUCGAGAGAACAAAGUGUGAAAAGUAAAAUUGGAGGUGUCUACGUGAAACUCGUACGGUAAUGACACUGUAGUCUGAAAGUCACCCUGUAGAUGAUGAUUAAAGCACGGAUGUUCAGACGCUCAGAUUUGAAGCGUAUCAGCUGUUAGCGAGGUGAGAUUCUGAACAUCUUGACGAUUGAUUGUUUACCGGGUCAAGUCUGAAUAAAUAGAGAGGACGAAGGCUUCUGUAGCUAGGAAACCCACGCUGUCCAUAAGACUGAACUCUAUGCAGUAGACUCUCCCGUGAGAUUUUAUAUCCUCUAGAUUGGCUGAGAUUUGAGCCACACAUGUCCUUGACUGAAUGACUGGUGAGCAAAUCAUAUUUAGGUUCAAAAAGUGCAUCUUGGAAGGAAUGUGCAAUAGUUGAAAUCCGGACUCAUGUGAUCAUGUUAUUUAUUUUUUUACACAUAUAUUUUGUAUAUGUAGAUUUCGUAAGUCUUUAAAAAAAAAAAUCCAGAAUCAUCUCACUUUGACCAAGGACAGCUGUCACUUUACGUUAUUUCAGUUUCUUUUCUUGAAGAAACCAUUUUUGGUAAUUUGCACUUGUAGUAGAAAUAUGAAUAUAAAUAAAUACGUAUAUAUAAACAGUAUAUACAAUAUAGGGAAGCAAAAGAAAUUAGUUUCUAGAAGUAUUUACAAACAGUAUUAAAUGUUUUUAGUGUUGCCUGAAUGUCGGACCAUAUGUUGUGAAUGCUGCUAGUAUCAAUAGAUUUAUUUGUACUGUAAAUAGAGAUGACUAAAGCAACAUUAAAGAUCAAGUGAAAAAGGGUAUAGACAUACAUAUCAGUGGUACCUGUAAACAUUUGGCCUGAGAGCUCUGGACAGGGUUAGCUUUCUGUUUUACUAGAAAACUAUUCUGAAGACCUUGAUGCAAUAUUACAACCGAGGGUAAAUCCUCCACCUUUUUAUUCUCUUUUAAAAAGAAAAGCUCUCCUGAUUAUUCCCCAUCUUUAAUCCCAUAAGUAAAGUGAACCAAUUUUAAUGGAACAGAUUAUUCAUUUACUUCCGAGAAACUUACAGGAAUCACCAAAAUAUGUUAAAAUGAUGAAUAUACAUUUAUCUUCUAAACGUUACUUCUUGCAAAAUUUUGAACACACCUACCUUCGACACCUGUGACACUUAAGAAGCAGCCACUCCUAGUUUUCAAAGAUUUUAGGGUGCCGAGUCGUGAAGAUUUUCUUUAAUAUGCUUGCCACACUUAAUUAACUCUGACAAAGGGGUCGUUUAACGCUCACAUACGUUUUUUCGAAGAACACAGCUAUUUUGGGAUUGUCUCCACAACAUUGCCUGCAUCAACUGAGCCUUUUAAAUUGAUUCGAAAGAAAAGAUAUCUGAUGUUUAUUGGAAAAUGAGUUUAUUUAUGGAAUUAUAAAUGUUUUAUAAUUGCUGUUUGCAUGGUACUAUGUGGCAAUAUUUGUUUUAGUGGUUUCUAUAGUGAUGACUUACAUGUUUAAGGGCCAGAGUCGGGUAAAAGGUUGUCAAAUGUUCUCAUCCAGUUACACAUUUUGAGAACUCUGGAGUGUUUGCGACACGGCUAGACCUUGAAAACAAGUCUUUUGCAAAAAAAUAAAAAUAAAUAAAGUAUGAGUUCACUAUAUUGUUACUUGUUAUAUUUCAACCUUGCUCAAAUAGUCUUAAUAGAUUUUGAGUUAGCGAAUGGAUGGGCCUUAGAACUGGUCAUUUCACCUUUGUAAAUAUAUAUCACUUAAGUCAGAGACACUGUAACCGACUAGUGUUGUCUUUCGUUGUACACUGUUCUAUCACUGUGGACAAAGUCUUAGAGUUUUGUAAGAUUAUGUGCAAUAUUGUUCUCACAUUGGUUAUUUUUCAUUUGGUCACACUUAUUUGUUUUCUUUAAACAACUGGAGGUGUCGCUUAUUUCAUCAGAAUGUUUGUCACCAGGUCUUACAGACAAAGAUCGACAGUGUUCAUCCCAAAUGUGGCUGAGACAGCAAAGCACUUUACACUGAGGGGGGUUCUCUGUGACGGGAUCAGUCUGCAGGAGUGGGGGCGUCGAACAAGAGCCAGCCCGCUCUGAACAGACUCUAUCCCACAGUGACCUCUGGUGGCACACGAGUGUAUUACAGCCCAGCCGUGGCGGUCUGACAGCUCAGACUAAAAAAUCAGAUUAACUCCCACCGUCCUGCAGCAGUUAUGAACUGCACUAAUGCAGAAACCUAUCUGCUGAUUAUGUUUACAUCUUAGCGUUUCAGCAUUUUCUUGGACAUUUUAGCAUGCAUCACUUUCUUUCCUUUCUCUUGCCAAAAAAAAAAAAAAAAGAAGAAUAUUAACUGUUAAAUUUAUAGUGCUUGUCACUCAAUCUGUGAGGUGAGCCUUCCCAGAAUCCCUCCUCCACCCCCCUCCUUCCCGCGCUCCUCCCCCCAUCUGCCCGCAAAUCCCUGGCCUCCCCCAUCCCAGCCACUAAAUCCACCCCAGCUCUGUAUUUUAAAUGUGAUUGCAGUAUAAUUCUGAAAAAUGAUCAAAGAAUAUAAAACUCGCGCUUCCAAUUCUGGCACUGGCUCUGUUUGGACGACACAAGAUAGUCUACUUAGAAACCAGCAUGCCCCCUCUCCCCACAGCUGAUCCACGAUGUAGAUCAGAAACUUCGCCUGCACAAUUGUAGCAUGAGACAAACUUGCCGGUGAUCAUUACUCAGUCUCCGUCCUUAAAUGGAUAUUAAGGGCUCUGAAACACAUCUGUUACCGGGUUGAGGAGGCUGUCCUGUUAAGACACCAACAGAGAAAACACAAAACCAGCCCCAGAUUAUGGCAGAGAGGGCCCAAAAACCCCCCGCAGUCUGUAGCUGAGAUAAGAUCGCAUCCUUCAGUAUACCUUCACAGAGGCAUCAGACAGACGUGCCUGAUGUUGGAGGUGUCAGACAGUCGACCUCUCUGGGAGUUUAAGAGAAGAACUCAAGUGGCUGUCCAUGCAGUGCAAGCAGAGCCAGGUCCCAGACAUGUUGUGUAUCUCAGUGCAUGCAUGCAAUUACCCUGAACAAGGUGUAUUGAAAAUAUAUUGGGUGUUUGUGGUAUAAAAGUAUUUUUGUUUAUAUCAGUUAGAAACAUUUUCUUUCUAGUCGUAUGACUCUUUUUUUUCCUCUUUCCUUAGGACUGGCCAAUGUAUUCAAGAUGAAUAUUAUUAUUAUUAUAGUACGAGAUUCUAUUUUUUAUGGUAGAUUUGUUGACAAGGUCUUCUCAUUGUGUCAAAUAUUAUCUGCAGAUAAACUGAUUACCAAAGUAUAUAUUUCAGUUAACUACAUACAUGAUGGUGUGCAAAUGUGUGCUCCGGUGAAUUAGACGCAGACGAGUAAACACUGUUUUCUUUCCUUCAAAAAAAAUGUGAGUUUUCAGUUAACAGAUUGUUUCAAUUGGAUGAGACUCUGAAAGUGCCAAAGUGGUGGAGGAGGUACCUGCAAAACCACACUUUGGUGGCAGCCUGUCCAAAACUACAUUUACCUACUUUUUUACUAAAUAACUGGUUAUAUUUAGUGUGUAUUGAAGUAUAAUAAUUACAAAUGUGGUAAAAAAACAAAAAUAAACAGGUGUGAUUUGUCGAUAACUUUAUGCACUUAUUCGCUUACUCGGCACAAAGACCGAAAGCUGGGAAACAGUCGGCCUGUUCAACGAUAAAGUCGACCAAUCAGCAUCUCCCACGCUCAUUAAUUAACAACAAAGUGGAACUAGAAUUGUUGCAGUCACUUCAUUUGAUCCUAUUUGACAUUUGCGUGAAAUUGUCACAAUGAGAAUAUGAAUUCUUGAGUUACGGCCAAAAACAUUUUGUGAGGUCACUAUGACCUUUGACCCCCAAAUUCGAAUGAGUUCUGCCUUGAGCGCAAGUAGACAUUUGUGCCAAAAUUUAAAUAAAAUGUGUUCACGGCAAUUUAUCGUUUUUACAUUUGGACUUUUGUGUGACUUAAAUAAGCGUGUUAGUUAUUGAGCUUUAGAUGUGCUGGUAUCAGAUCUCAUCUUUGGACAAAGCCAGGCUAGCUGUUUCCACCCAUUUCCAGUCUUUGUGCUAAGCUAAGUUAGCCGGCUACCGGCAACGUUAUCGAUCUUCUCAUUCAACUCUUGGGAAUAAACACAUUCCUACUUAAUUGCUUUUGAAAAGUACAGAACUUCAUUUAAUGAGUUCUUCCCUCCAGAGUAAUCCCGUCACUGUCUAGGUUUGAGUCUAAUUCGCCGGAGUUGUGGGAAACAUUUCGUAUGAAUGCCUGACAAUGUAAUGGAUGUAGAUGAUCUAUAUACACAGCAUACACACAAAGACACACCUGUAUCAAAUUUCAGUAAUAUGAAAAUGCUUUUUUCAUUCCAAACUGUUCAUUACUCUUCCUUGAUACUGUACCUAGUCUUAUGGUAAAGCUGUAGUGUGUUCCUUUAAGUUUUGUGGGAGUGUGUACAUGUGCACUUGUAACUGCUGGGGGCGGGGGUGGGAGGGGGCUACAUGUAAAUAAAUCAAAUACAGUUAGUGUGGAGGUGUUUUUUUUGUGUCAGUGUAAGCUAAAUAUUAUAAAGUUUAAAAAAAGAACGUAUUAUUCUCUAUUGUGUUUCAUGGUACAUUAAAAAAAAAAGAAAAAGUAGUUUUAUCUUACAUUUCAAAUGCUUAUAUAUCUAUGGCUUCUGGCGAUACCCGUUCCAUUUUAUAGAUUUGUCAGCACAAAAUGCAAUAAACCAAUACCAUUUUAUUACA